UGUGGCGGAGGCGCGCGAGAGGAUUGUGUCAGUUUUCUGUCAGACUGUUAGCAUUUUAGCUAAAGACAAACAAACGGUGAAAAAAAUUCUAACACGAUAUUUAUUCCAGGCGACUCAUUCUGAGAAGGUAAUAAGGAGAAACCCAUCGUAAUCGCACUAAUGGCCCACACAGAUGAGACCGUCAUGAAAAAAACAACAGAAAAGAACAACAGACAGAUGAUGGAUGGAGAAAAGGAUGGAGAACCGAAGCCAGAUGACGUGAAGUCAGGUAAAAAAAUGAAACGUCCCAGAGCCACACACCAGAAAAUCUCAGAAUCGGGGAAUAGAUCCUCAGGAGAGAUGGAGAGAAUGACUGAGGAAAGCAGAACAGGAGAACGGAGAGAUGGAGGGAGGAAGACAAGGCAGGGAAAAAGCAGGAAAGAAAAGGGAACAGAUGUGUCGGGCGAUGGAGGAACGCCUGGAGAGAAGAGAGCAAGGACAGGAAGUGGGGAUGAGAACAGACAGGAAGUGAAAGAGAGUCAGGUUAUGAAGAAAAGACAACAGAAUGUGAGAGUUUGGAGUGUGUCAUAUUCUUCCACUGUGGAUGUAAAUGGUGGAGACAAGAAGCUGGGGACACAUAGGAGAGAGAGGGAUGAGGUGGAUAAGUGCAGUGGUCUGGUUCAGACUCUCAGCACACACAGCAGCGAUGAAGAUCAGUAUGUCUCGUGGGUGCAGUGCAGCAAGCCUGAAUGUGGUAAAUGGAGAAGAUUGAGUGAUGGUGUUGAUCCUUCAGUUUUGCCUGAUGACUGGAGCUGCAAAAACAGCACAGACCCUGCCUUCAGCAGUUGUUUUGCUCCAGAAGAGAAGUCCAGCGUGCCUGACGAGGAGAUGUUCUUUUAUAAUCUGGUGCCCGGAUCACUGGUUUGGGCCCAGCAAAGUGGCUAUCCCUGGUGGCCGGCGAUCGUGGAGCAAGAUCCCAACAUAGAGGAAUAUUUGGAAUUCCGCACGGAGUCUGAUCUCACUCCGUAUAGGUGUCAUGUGACGUAUUUUGGAGAACCGGUGAGUCGAGCCUGGGUCAUCUGUAGCAGAGUGAGGGACUUUGCUGACCUGUCUGAGGAUCAGUUUCUUAGUGAAGUUGACAAGGGCCUGAAAGAUGCCAUUUAUAUGGCCAAAGAAGCACUCAAACUGUCUCUGAAGGAGCGGUUAGUGAAGUUUGGGUUUCAUAGUCGUUACGUGUCAGACAGAGAGAGCUCAGAGGACAUUGAUAUCGCAGAGAUAUUGGAGCUGUUUUGUGGGGAGGCUGGAAAUGACUGCAGUGUUGAGGAUUCAUGGGGCAAAAAGCAAAGGUUAAAACAAAAAGAGAGAAAGAGAGAUAGGAAGAGGAGAGGGCGGGGAAAAGAGGACCACCAUAUGUACGGAGAGGGUGAAAAGAAAAAAAGAGCGAAGAAGAAGCUGAAGGAAGGAACAGAGGAUGAGAAAGAAAAGAAAGUUGUGAUUAGUGGUGUACCUGUGAAAAAAAAGAAUCGUCUCAGUCCUUCAGUCUCCCUGCCGAAGAAAAAGAAACAACACAAAACAGACACAGCAGAUCAGACCGUGCCUCAGAGCACCACAGAAACAAGCACUGACAUGACAUUUGACCUGGAUAUUCAUUCCGAAGGAGAACAGAUGGAGAGAAAGAUAGAUAGGGUGAAGCUUGGAGCAGAGGAGAAGGAAAGAAAGGUUGGAGAAGGGAGAGAGGAUGAGGAUGAAGAUGACGAGGACUUCAAGGAUGCGCCUGACAGAGAGGAAGAGGAGGAUGAGGAAGAGAAUCAGGACAGUUUCUCCCACAUGCUGCUCCAAGAGGAGUGAAGACUGAACACAUGUGAUUUGGGAUGGGGCCUGUGUGCUUUAUUUUUGGAUAAUAACAUUAACAUAACAGAUGUCACAUCCAUGUCUGGUUACGUUCCAAACCACAGUACUACACUAAAUAGUGUGCACUAUAUUAUAGUGUGCCAUCAUCUUAUGUUGUUUAUUGUGUUUCAGCGUGUGUGUAAUUUGAGAGCCAAAGUGUUUUGAGUUUACACACACACACACACACACACACACACACACACACGUACUACGUUGUAGUUGUAGUUUAUAAUGAAUAUUUCUGAGUUAAAAGAACACUCUUCACUUCAAGUGUUAAAAAGUUAAUAAACUGUUAAUUAAUUAA